AUGGCUCCAAAAGUCAAGAAUCCUAAGAGGACAACUUGGAAGUUUGGUUUGGACCUUACUCAUCCAGUAGAAGAUGGCAUUUUUAAUUAUGGACAUUUUGAACCCUUUCUAUGGGAGAAGGGUAAAGUCAAUGGAAAAAUUGGAAAUCUUCGGAAUGCUGUUUACAUUGAAUACAUCAAGAACAAAAUCACUGUUGUUUCUGAGAAACAGUUCUCUAAAAGGCAUUUUAAAUAUCUUACCAAGAAAUACCUUAAGAAGAACAGUCUUCAGAAUUGCCUUCAUGUGGCUGCAUGUGACAAGAAGACUUAGGAACUUCGUUACGCCAGAUUUGUCAGGACGAAGACAGAUCUG